ACAUUCACGCUCCCCCAAAGCAGCAGCUUAAUUGUCCACGUGGCCUUCUCCCCUUCUCCUCCCCAGUCUGCAAGACCCCCUCCCCCAAUCACCUACCUCACUCCCUCCCAGAUCCUGAGAUCCUCCUCCUCCUCCCUCACAGAUCUCCCACACCGACGCACCCGCCCAGAUCCGCAGCUUCCUCACCACCUCGCUGGAGGAGCGCGCGCGAGCAGCAGCGGCGGCGGCCAUGGCGAAGGAGGCGGACGGCGGCAUGUCGGAGUCGGUGAUCCGCAAGGUGCUGGUCUCGUACAUGUACGUGGCGGUGUGGAUCUUCCUCUCCUUCUCCGUCAUCGUCUACAACAAGUACAUCCUCGACCCCAAGAUGUACAACUGGCCCUUCCCCAUCUCCCUCACCAUGGUGCACAUGGCCUUCUGCUCCACCCUCGCCGUCGCGCUCGUCCGCGUCCUCGGCGUUGUCGACCUCCCGUCCUCCCCCGCCAUGACGCCGCAGUUCUACGUCGCCUCCGUGCUCCCCAUCGGCGCGCUCUACUCGCUCUCCCUCUGGUUCUCCAACUCCGCCUACAUCUACCUCUCGGUGUCGUUCAUCCAGAUGCUCAAGGCUCUCAUGCCCGUCGCCGUCUACUCCAUCGGUGUGCUCUUCAAUAAGGAGACCUUCAAGUCCUCCUCCAUGCUCAACAUGCUCUCCAUCUCCUUCGGCGUCGCCAUCGCCGCCUACGGGGAGGCCCGCUUCGACGUCCGCGGCGUUGCGCUGCAGCUCGCCGCCGUCGCGUUCGAGGCCACGCGCCUCGUCCUCAUCCAGAUCCUCCUCACCUCCAAGGGCAUCUCCCUCAACCCCAUCACCUCGCUCUACUACGUCGCGCCCUGCUGCCUCUGCUUCCUCGUCGUGCCCUGGGUCUUCGUCGAGUUGCCCAGGCUGCGCGAAGUCGGGACGUUCCAGCCGGACCUGUUCGUCUUCGGCACCAACUCGCUCUGCGCCUUCGCGCUCAACCUCGCCGUCUUCCUGCUCGUCGGCAAGACGUCCGCGCUCACCAUGAACGUCGCCGGCGUCGUCAAGGACUGGCUGCUCAUCGCCUUCUCCUGGUCUGUGAUCCGCGACACCAUCACCCCCAUCAACCUCUUCGGCUACGGGAUCGCCUUCCUCGGGGUGGGCUACUACAAUCACGUCAAGUUGCAGGCGCUCAAGGCCAAGGAGGCGCAGAAGAAGGCGGCGCAGGCCGACGAGGAGGCCGGAUCGCUGCUGCAGGAGCGCGACUCGCACGGCGACCGCAAGAAUGACAACCCGAACUAGAGGAGCGACGGAUCUGAUCCAACAGCUCGCCUGAUCCGGUCGGUUCUUAAUCCAGUCUAGUGUACUCCAAGUGUGCGAUCCUUACACGUUUGAUGCAAAUAUACGUUCAUUCCUUGUGUUGAUUUGUGGUAGGAAGGCAAAUAAGUACGAGAAAAGAUGAAAUCUUUGUGUCGGCCGUGUGAAAAGAAGAGUGGUUUCUUUUGCCACCUGUAGCUCCUUUAUAUAAUAGCUAAGACCGUUUACAUC